UCCAAAUGCGAUGGAGUCAGGAACGCACGUGCAGCAUCUCUGGCGUAAUCUUCAACUCGUCUGGUUCUGUUCAUCUUUACUGAUCGCUGUCCACUGCCUGGAACCAAUGAAGGGCUUCGAUCCCGAAAAGUUCCUGGGCAAGUGGUGGAUUGUGCGAGCCACGGCCAGUGUAUUCCACCAUGCUGAGCAGUGCACGUACUUCAUGGUCAACCGCAAGGCGGAGCGCCUCUACAAUAUGACCGCUGAGUUUAGUGUCGCAGGCGACCGCACCCGCAGACUGUCCCUUGACCUGGAGGACGGCGAGAACCCGAGCGAGUACACGGCUUCAUUGAAUGACAAACCGAUAAUCUGGGUGACCAUGCUCGGUACCGAUUACAACAAUUGGGCUUUGGUGCAUAUACGUGAAGGAAAAUAUGUAUCGACUGCUGUGGCCUCCCGGAACCCUAGUUUAGACCCUGAACUUGACAAAGAUGUCCGAUCAGUCCUGGAUAAGAACCAGCUUCCUGAUGAGUUCCACACCGUGCGCACCAGCGACUGUCCCGACACCAGAUGAGAACGGCGGCAAAUGGCGCCCUACAAUGGAGUCAUGUUUAUUUUCGGGGCAUUGAGAGAAAAAUAAAAUGUGUAAACACAGACAUUCCAAAUAGCUUUCGGAAAUAUUUGAUACUGACGAG